AUGACGGCCUCCUGGCUGCAUGCUGAGUCCCAGCCUCAUCGGUGUCAGGCGCAUAUCGAGCACUUCAUUGGACCAACGAGCAUGUCCAAGGAGGCGUGCAAGUCUGGCAACGAGCAUCUAACAGGGAACACCGGUGCGCGGAAUGCGGAGGUUGUGCCAUGGUAUGACUUCCCGAGAAACCUUCGUCCGGGGCCGCUUGUGCGGUACUACGGCAUGCAGAAGGCCCGGGCAUGA